AUGGCAGAAGUUCAGUAAAUUAGCCAUUACUUCAUCUUUCAGCUCCUUACUUUGACAAAAACACAGCACAAAGGAUGAGCGGCACUCGCCAAUGGAGGCCUAUCCAAACCAACCAGAAUUUCAUGAGAGAAUCCGUCGGACGUCUGACCCCGAGAAAGCCAUGAAGAUUCAUAGGAAGAGGAUUUCGAACAUGAUUCAGGAGAAAGAGAGGAAAAAUGGAAAGCCAGACCUUGAGUAA